AACACUGUUCAAACUUAAACGUGUCUCUACUUCACCAUCUCUUUCUUGUUUGACUCUUUAAAAGUCUUUACACAAUCACAGAAAUACCCAAAUAAUCUCCAUUGCAAUGGACCUUCAAGAAUCGAUCAGCAACCAAACAGGUGUAUCCUUAACAUUAGCGAAACAUGUUUUUGCAACCGAGGUUAAAGGGAACAACAACAUGGUCUUUUCCCCUUUGUCGAUCCACGUAGUGUUGGGUCUAAUCGCUGCGGGUUCAAAUGGUCCGACCCGUGACCAGUUGCUCGCUUUCCUCAAAUCCAAAUCUACUGAUGAACUCAACUCUCUUUCUUCUCAGCUUGUUGAUGUUGUCUUUGCUGAUGGUAGCCCCAGUGGUGGGCCUCGUUUGUCCGUUGCUAAUGGGGUCUGGGUUGAGCAGACUUUGCCUUUGAAGCCUUCUUUCAAACAGAUUGUGGACAAUUUUUAUAAAGCUGCUUCUGUUUCUGUUGAUUUCCAGAACAAGGCUGUUGAGGUUGCCAAUCAAGUGAAUCAAUGGGCUGAAAAAGAAACAAGCGGGCUUAUCAAAGAAAUUCUUCCAGCUGACUCAGUUGACAGUGCAACAAGACUUGUGUUUGCAAAUGCACUGUACUUUAAAGGAGCCUGGGAUGAGAAGUUCGAUGCAUCAGUGACUAAGGACAAUAAGUUCCACCUUCUCAAUGGGACCUCUCUUCAAGUGCCCUUCAUGACUAGCAAGAAGAAGCAAUACAUAAAAGCUUUUGAUGGUUUCAAGGUUUUGGGGCUUCCUUAUAAACACAGUGAAGAUAGGCGUCGUUUUACCAUGUACUUCUUUCUGCCUGAUGCCAAUGAUGGACUGCCAGCUUUGGUAGAUAAGGUCAGUUCUGAAUCCCAAUUCUUGGAGCGUCACCUUCCAUAUCAGAAGGUUGGAGUUGGUGAAUUUCGUAUCCCCAAAUUUAAAAUAUCGUUUGGAUUUGAAGCUUCUAACAUUCUGAAAGGGCUUGGCCUGGUAUUGCCUUUCUCUGGUGAUGGCCUAACUGAGAUGGUGGACUCCCCUGUUGGCAGUAACCUUUAUGUUUCUAGCAUUUUCCACAAGUCCUUUAUUGAGGUAAAUGAAGAGGGAACAGAAGCUGCAGCUGCAACCGCUGGUGUGAUUAAACUAAGGGCAUUAAUGGUAGAAGAGAAAGUAGACUUUGUUGCUGAUCAUCCAUAUCUCUUCCUGAUUAGAGAAGAUGCAACAGGCGUGGUACUGUUUGUUGGUAGCGUGCUAAAUCCUCUAGUAGACUAAGUCGUGUUCCCACAAUAUGGAGGUUGAUAAGUGUUUGCAUCUUCUUUGUAUUGCUUGGACUUAUUUGGUGCCCAAAGUUAGUUCAAACCGCUUUCACGCCCUUCUAUCUUGAGGUUGAAAUAUUUUCUGCUGAAGAAUUUUUUUCAUGUACACUUCAAGAAUCCUACUCCCUCCUGGUACUGCGGGUAAAAUUUUAGUAACUGCUCUUUGUACUAUUGAGAGCUUGUAUGCCUUACAUUGUACUUUGAAAUAAUUGACAUCAAAGGUCUGUCUAUUACUUUCAAUUUCUAGUUAUAGUUGAUGUAGCUACAUGUGUUUUCUUGUC